AUGUCGUCGUACAAGCCAAUAGAUUCCAAACGGGAAGAAUUUCGCCGAUAUUUAGAAAGAGCUGGUGUAAUGGAUGCUUUGACAAAGGUUCUAGUAAGCCUUUAUGAAGAACCAGAUAAACCAGAGGAUGCAUUGGAAUAUGUGAGAAAGCAUUUGGGCACAGAUGGUGGAGAUGAUGAAUUAGAGGCUGCCAGAGCUCGUAUCGCAGAGUUAGAAGCAGAGAAUGCACUUCUUAAAGGCGAAGCUGCUCCAACAGAAGGCUGA